AUGGGGCUGACCAAUGGGGCCAAUGGGGCUGGGUGUGAUAGUCUACCCAGCAACGGGAUGGAGGCCCAACCAGAGGAGACGGCUUUGGUACCGGAGGUUCUUCAGAGCUCAGCAGAGACACACGGAGAGGAACUGAACAACGGUACCAGUACCAGCACAGCUGAGACAGAACCUCAGGGACUGACCUCCGGGACCUCAGACAGCCGUUUACUGGGAGAGUUAACGGGAGGAGCAGAGGAGAUGGAGGACCUCUCCAGGACCUCCCCAGGACCCCUCUCAGGACCUCCCCCAGGACCCCUCUCAGGACCUCCCCAGGGUCUCCCCAGGACCUCUCUCAGGGCCUCUCCCAGGACCUCCCCAGGACCCCCAGGACCUCUCCCAGGACCUCUCUCAGGACCUCUCUCAGGACCUCUCCCAGGACCCCCCAGGACCUCCCCCAGGACCCCCCAGGUACUGCUGACGCUACAGGACGGUGUCAGGGACCAGCAGGACAGCAGCAGCUCCUCCUCAGACAGUGAUUCAGACUCCUCUUCCUCCGGUGUGACGCUGGCUGUUGUGUUAGGUCAGGCAGAUGAAGAUGACGAUGACGACGAAGGCUUCAGUCGGGCAAGGAAACCCUGUUCCAUCAAAACCCUGGAUGAGAUCCUGCCUGAGGAGUUGCCUGCUGUCGAGGAGUUGACGGUUGUUCUACCAGAGGAGGCGGAGAUACUGCCCCUAGGAUCAGUCACCAGUAUCAUCCAACAGCUGGUGAUCAUUCAGUCAUUGAAGGACACGCCCCCUCUGAAGGACGACAGCGUCAUCUUCAACUCUGAUAGGCUGGCCGUGGGCAAGGUAUUUGAGGUGUUUGGGCCGGUCUCCAGUCCCUUCUAUGUGUUGAGGUUUAACUCAGAGAGUGACAUCGCAGAGAGAGGAGUGAAGCUGAAGGACUCCAUGUUCUACGCCCCAUCUCUCACCGACUACACCCUCUAUAUCCUCACUGAGCAGCUACGACGGUUGAAAGGCUCCGACGCCUCCUGGAAGAACGACCAGGAACCACCACCAGAGGCGUUAGACUUCAGUGAUGAUGAGGCAGAACAGAAGAUGAAAAGGAAGAAGAAGAAGGGGAAUGUUCAGAAGAGUGAGAGAGAAAGAGGACAGAGAGCUGACCAACAACCAGAUAGAGAUUCCGUCACCAGACCACAGAUGUCCCAGAGGCCUUUGCAACAGAGUCGUCCACCCCGCCGUGACAACUGGGGUCCCCCACCCCGAUACGAAGGGGCUCCGUACUACACACACCAGCCCCACUACCCCUACCCCCCCUACCAGCCCCAGUCCUUCCCCCUCUAUCCUCCCCCUCCUCCCCCAACAUGUCCUUCCCCUGGUCCCCUCCCCUCCUACCCCUACCACAACCUCCCCUUCUCUCACCUCCCCCUCCUCCCCCACCCACUGGCCCCUAUCCUCCUCAGUGAGGACACACACACACACACACACACUAGUGACUGUCCACCUCACCUCCCUCCUCCCCCACCGCCCACUGGCCCCUAUCCUCCUCAGUGAGGACACACGCACACACACACACACACACACACACACACACACACACACAACUAGUGACUGUCCACCUCACCUCCCCCUCCUCCCCCACC